AUGACGUUACUUGAAACAAGGAUCGUACCUACCGGAGAAGGUCUACUCCAAGAGCUGUACACAGAGCAACAGGAACAGUUGAAGGCAGCUGAAACAGGGAUGGCAGGGAUACAAAAGGAGAGGGAUGCGUUUGAAGUGAAAUGCAUGGAGCUGGAAGCUGAACUCACUGCACAGAUUCAGGUGAACAAGGAGCUGAAGAAGCUCCUGGUGGCCUCCAUGGGAGCCGACCUGCAGACCCAGCUGGAGAACCUGGCCCAUGACCGCGCCCAGCUGGCUCAGGAGAUAGAGAAUACCAUGGCAACCCUUCUCAAGGAACGAGAGACCCUGGAGAGAGUCAACAUCCAGUGCGACGUCUGGAGAAGCAAAUUCCUAGGCAGCAGAUUGCAAGUGGACGAGUUGAUCACCUCUAGAACACACCUUGACAUGUUACAACAAGAAUCCUUCAGUGCUCUCCAGAAACUCCUCGAUGAGAGGGCAGAGAUCAGGCGCCACAUGAUGAAGACGGAACGGUUAUUACAAUAUCUAUCCAGUGCCUUACAGAGGAACCAGAGUAUAAAUGAAGAAUCGUCCAUAAAACCUAUCAGUAAUGUCAUGACCCUUGCCCUCCUGAACGAGCAGCUCUCUUCAACCAUCUCCAGUGUGCUCCUCGGCGAUGUCGGAGGUCACCACCAGGGGUCAACUGCAGGUGGCCCAAAGGGAUUUGAAUUUGUGGAUUGGACGGAGGCAGAGAUGUUAGCCAAGGAUAUUGUCUUGAACAAGCAACCCAGCAUCAAACUGGAACAGAUAUCCCAGCAGGCCAUUCUGCAGGGUCCGGUGCCAAAGGUCAACAUGACCCAUCGCUAUCACCCCCACACGUGCUACGAGAACAUCACUAUCAACUGCUGCGAUCGAUGCACUGGUGAUAUCAAAGUGGUAUGAGACCGAUAGAGGUGGUAGAUGAUAAUAAUGAACAAAAGGUCAACAUGACCCAUCGUUAUCACCCACUACGAGACUUCACUAUCAACUGUCGUGAUCGAUGCACUGGUGCUAUCAAAAUUGUUAUGAGACCAAUGGAGAUGACAAAAGCUGUUUGAAGGUGUAAAGCCCAUGCCAUAUAUCAUAUCAACAUGGUUGGAACAGUGAUGGGUGAUUUUCUUGAGAAAGCUGUGUGAGGUACAUGUAUCUUAGGCCAACUGCUGCAUCGAU